CCCGCCUUUUUUACAAACUCAAAAAUUUAUCAACAAAGCAAAGAAGAAAACCAGAAGCGAAACUUUUUUGUUUACAAAUAAAAAUCGUUUGAACAAUAAAUUUUAAAUAAUUUUCAUUUAAAAAUGUCAUUUUCGUGUGAAAACUUGUGUCGGUCCUGCAUGGAAGUAACUCAAUCUGGGUCGGUUCUGUUGUUCAACAAGAAAAAGAAGCGAAAGACUCAAAUUUGUCUGAAUUAUGAGGAAAUAUGCAAUCUUAAGGUCAAAGAAGACGACCAGCUACCACAACAACUCUGCAUGUCCUGCGUCUCAGAGCUCAACAAGUCCUACGCCUUUCGCGAGCGAUGCAUCAGAACCUAUAAAACCUUAUGUGCCUAUCUAGAUCUUUCUGAAGAUGACGAACCAGAAACAAUAAUUCUUCCACAAUCUCCAGCAUGUAGCAAGCAAUUCAGUAAAGUUGAUGAGACUUAUGAGGAAAUAGAAGUGACUGAUGCUCUUCUGGAUGCAGCUAAGGUUAAAGCAUCAGAAACAAAUGAUGAAGUUAUGCUGGAAAUGGAUGAAAUUCAAACAAUUUUAAAUACACAAAAUAGGAACCGAAACAUAGCAAAAAAUGAAAGUGAAGCGGAUGACGGACUAGUUUUUAUAAUCCAGAAUGUAAGUGACCAGGAACCGACAAUAGAAUCAAAAGAACCAAAAAUCAGUUCCUAUAAAUGUGACCUUUGUGAAUUGACAUUUGUGAGGAAAAAGAAUUUUGACAAUCAUGUCCGGAGGUUUCAUGAAGAAGGUGACAAUGACGAUGCACCAGCUGACAAAAGGAUCCGCCUUAAGCUUGCAAAAGAUGACAAAGAAGACAGUCAAGCACUUUGGGAGAAGUUGCAACAAAAUCCAGACGCUAAAAGCUGCAAAAUGUGCGGAGCACUUUAUGUCAAUGAAAAGUCACUAAAGCUGCAUGAGAGACGCAAUGCCUGUCAACAAAAAAGCUAUCAAUGCUCACAAUGUCCAAAGGUAUUUACAGAUCAGCAGCUAUUUAGGGAACAUACAGAAACUCAUCCACAGGACAGCAAUAAUCCACCAGAGGAGAUUCCAUCGUUAAAAGUUGACAUUGAUCCAGCAAAGAAGUUCCAAUGUGACUUUGAAAGUUGCGGGAAGUCCUUCAAAAUGCUCUCGACACUAAAGGACCACCUGAGGACACACUCAAAUGAGAAGCCAUUCAUCUGUAACAUUUGUGGACGUGGAUUUAGUCAGAAUACAAACUUAAAGCAGCAUUUGAGAAGACAUACACAGAUUAAGCCAUUCAAGUGUAGUUUUGAGGGUUGUGGAUCAGCAUUUGUGAGUAAAGGCGAGCUGGACAGUCACUCGAGGAAGCAUUCUGGUGAUCAUCCGUUUAAAUGUGAGCUUUGUGAUGCAAAGUUUACGACAUCGAGCUCAUUGACGAAGCAUAAGAGGAUACAUUCGGGAGAGAAACCGUACGCUUGUGAGUUCUGUCCUAUGAGAUUUACAGCACUUGGAACUCUUAAGAACCAUACAAAGACACACACCGGAGAGAAGCCUCACAAAUGUAAAUACUGCAAACGUGCAUUUACCCAAAAGUCUGACUUGACUGCUCAUGAGAGGACACAUACUGGAAGCAGGCCAUUCACAUGCACCAUCUGCAACUCCAGCUUCCAUCAGAGUGGAACAUUAAAGAGCCACAUGAAGAUUCAUGGCAAUAUAGAAAUCGAGGAGCAUGAGAAUGAGGAACAAUCAAGUCUGACUGAAAAAGAAAAGAAAAAGACAUAAAAUAUUUUUAAGGUACUAACCAUGUUGACUGUUGAGCUCUGAAUUGUUACUUUACUAAAUUUAGUAUUUUAAUAUUUUGAAUCUGUAAAUAAAAUUUUGUCAAAAUUGAGAACUUUUUUUUUCUUGUAAACUUUUAUUAAACUUAUCUUUUUUUUUUGUUCUCUAUUUACAUACAUGGAUAGUUCAUAAACAUUACGAUUCGAGGUUUGUUAGCCUCAAUAUUUUUUAAAACAUUUUAAAAGUAAAUUGGACAGUCAAAGACUUAACUUCCAAUAUCAAAUUUUAACGAUAUUUUUUGAAAAUUUCUAUCAACGUUUAUAGUUUCUUAAUUGUAAGUUUUGAGUGCUGUGCUUUUUGAGAACUAAGUUGAUGAUGCUUGAAUCUUAAGAUUUGACUUUUUGUAGAGCCGGUCCUUAGUUUUUGAGCUGAUUUUCAAGUGGUAGGUACAAACGGCUAUGGAAAAUAUUCUAGUCCGAGAAAGCUAGGUUAGGUGUGCUUAGCUAGGAUACUAGGCUAGCUAAGCAACCUUAAUCAAUCUCAUUAGCAAAUGUAAACACCUGGAGCAUGUCAUGUAGACGACCAAAACUAGUAGAGUACCACAGAUGGUAUCCUAUAUGAUUCAUAUUCAGCUAAGCUCAACCAAAGCACAGUCUAAACCCCGAGCAACACAGCAUUCAUCAUGACAACUAUUAAUUCUGAUUAUGAUCCAAGAUAUGUCUUAUUUAAUCUUGGACUCCAUCAUUGCUCCAUGACUCCCAAAAAUCCCCUAUGUUGCUCGGACCAAAUAUCAUUAAAAUUCAAAAGAAUUCUCAAUUUUUCAAAUUUUUUUAGAAACAAAAUAAAAUCAAAAAAUAUUUUCAAACUAAAGUAAAAAAAAAUUAAGCUUCAGCAGCUUCUUCCUCCUCUUCCUCACUUGGUGGUGGCAUUUUAAUCCUCUGACUCUCCUCCAACAUGAUUUGUGUCUCGCGCAACAACGGUCUCACAAAGUCACGCAUAACACGUGACUGAUCGCCAUGCGUAAACUUUAACACAUCACCGGCCUCACGAAUGUGAUGAAUGGCAGUCUGAAAUUCGUUUAGGUGUGGAUAAAUUUUACCUAAUUUCAGGUGAUCGAUGCCGACAAGUGGAUUGAGUGGCGAUGUGUAGAAGCUAAAAAUAAAUUUUGAGGAAUUUGAUUAAAAUUUUUCAAAUUGAAAGUGCAUUGAGCGAGGAAAAUUUCGGAUCUGAUUGUGUAAUUUAGUUUUUUUUGGCUUGUAAGUUGUGCUGACUUUGGGUAUUUUUAGAUUUUUGAGGAAUUUGUCGGUGAAUUUGACUGACUUUGCCGGAUAGUUUGAGGAAGUAAAAGGAGUUUAUAUUGCUUUAAAUGGAAUUAAGAUUCAUGAUUCUUCAUGAUUCAGACUGACAAUUAAACAACUAGCUUUAGAGCCUUAGUCGUGCAACACACUAGCAAAAUUGAGCAAUCGAGCCAAACAGACAAACAUCCAACCACAAAAGGAACUCGACUUUAAGAAAGCCAGUCAAAAAACCAGCUUGAAACCUAAGCUACCAAUUUGAAAGCUAGACAACCAGACUUCAUAGCAAGACUGAAAACGAGUCAACAAUUUAGAAAUCCAGCCUGAUAACAACCCAGCAAGCCAAACAAUCAAACAGACCAAAAAACUGCAAUCUUCACAAAAUUCAACUUACGAUAGUCCUUGAACGAAUUUCUUUCCAUAUCCAACAGCUUCCUCCCAUGCUUCAAAGUCAAUGGCAGAUUCAAAAGCAAGAUCCAGUGUCUUAAGAUGCCAGAUGUUCUUGUCAUGAAGAACACCAGUUUGUUUUUUUAUUAGAUUUCGGCAAAUGUCAAACUUACAUCGUGUUUCCUGCAUUUCCUGAAGCAUAACCUUUGUCAUAUCAAGCACAUCAUCAAAAGCACUACGAUGCUCCUCUUUAAUUUCUGUCUGACAUUCCUUACACUUUUCAUCCAUAACAUCAAUGUAUCCAUCACAUCCCUCUUUUGGACAUGCCAUUGCAACCAUCUUAGCUCUCUGUUUCUCAUCUUUACAUCUGUCGCAGUCACAAUCGAAAUAGUAAGACCUUCUGAGUUCUUCCUUGCGUGUCUCUGGCAAGUCGAGUAGUUCAACAUAUGAAAUUCUAAUUUGGUCCCAUUUAAGUUCUGGGAUAUCCUCAAUUAAUCUGAUACUCAAUUGUGGUCCUUCAAAUGUUGCAACAGCAUUUGGAUUACAACUAUGAUCGAGAAUUGAUGCAGCAAGAUAAAUUCCAGUUCCAAUUGAGUUCAAGUCAUCAUCAAGAAUGUUGAAGCUGUUGAUGCAGAGUCGUCCAUAGAUACCUAAGAAUUCUGUCUGAUUUGGGAGGUGCUCAGGUGCAAGAUAUUCCUUAAGGACAGCAUAAAGACUCUGAACAUGUUCCAUUCUCUUCUCGUCCCACUUAAUGUCCUCUAAAUGAGCCAUCAGGUCAUUGAACUUUCUAAAUCCAUUACGUGAAUAGUAAAAUUUCUGCAAAUAUCCACCAUAUUGAAGUUUCCAUAUGAUUUUGGCCAUUAUACGAGCUGCAUCUGGAAUUGAUCGUGGUAAAAUUUUCUUCAUGCACAGGCACUCAUACUUGUGUUCAGCCCAGGCAUCACGUUGACAUAAGACACCACAAUAAUGGGUGAAAUGACAUCCGCCACACUUGAGGAGCUUUCCAGUCGACAGACAAAAGUCGCAACGCUCUUUAAUAAAUUUUGAUUUGACAAUGUAGGCGAAUGGCUUUUCCUGGAGGAUCAAAGAUCCUUUGGUUAGUGGCUCAGCACGUUUACUCAUCUUUUCACUUUAAACUAUUUUUUUCUUUUACUUCUAGAACGAUCUUCACGACUCAAAAAUUGAUCGAUAACUAAAUGGGAAUUUUUUGUGAAUCGUCGACUAUUGAACGAUCGCUUCCUCGUUCCUAUGGACGCUGUGAUUAAUUGACUUUAUCACACUAUUG